AUGACCCUAAAUUUCGAAUUAACGCUCAAAGAUCAAAUUAAAGCCGAAUUCAUAAAAGAGAAGGAAGAUGCGAUUAAUAUGAUACAGAAACGUAAAAGAGAUCACUAUCAAAAACACGGAUCUAAAUUCGCACGCGAAGAAUAUAUAUUCGCGCAUUUUCUUAUGACCGCAAUUUAUGACUUUCGCGUUAAAUUUUUAAACAUUUAUGACAAGAGUCAUGACGAUAUUGACAAAACUACAAAAGCUGCAAUUAAAACACGAAAAAUAUUCCAAGACGAAACAAAACUUGAGCUCUUGAACAACUGGAACAUUAUAUACAACACCAUGAAAAAUCCAAUUCAAUCUACUGAAGAAUGUAAGGGACUCGAGAAAAAAGAGUUGAAAAAAGAAUUUAUAGAAAAAUACUAUCGGCAACUACUAUAUUCUGAAGAGUUUUGUAAGUUGUUGGAAGUAUUAGAAGAUGAUUCAGAACAACUGAAAGCUUCCAAUCCACGGGUAGCUGCAGAAUUAUGCGAAUUUUUUAUUGAUAUUUUUGAUGCGUAUUCAGUUUUGCAUUCUUUAUCGCUAUGGUAUCGUGUUCCUGAAGAUAAUCCGGAAAAUAAAUCAAAUAGAAGUUAUAACUGUAAUUUAGUAGAGUUGUUUGGAUUGGAACCUGUUAUAAUGUCUUAUGAAAAAACAUGGAAAACUGAUUGGGUAAAAUUCAAUGAAGUUUUGUCGCGGUAUUUAUUAAAAGAGGAGGAGGAAGUGAAUAAUAUUUUUAGAGUUUUGAAAGCUUUAGAAAAUUUGAAGAAUGGGGAAGAAAUGGAUAAUGCUUCUGAUAUUUCGGAAUUUUUAGAAAAACUCAAUAGGAGAGCAGAAAAGGAAAGAGGGACACAGAAGGAAAACGUCGAAUUAAAUUUUAGAGAUGUCUUUAUUGAAAAAAUACAGAAAUUUGAUAAUUAUCGUGUGACUGCUCCAGAUAAUUUAGGUCAUUUUUCUUCCUCUUUGCCUCCUUAUGUUUUUCAGACUGCUUCUAUUAAUACUUACAAAUCUUUUUUCGCUUCUUAA